AUGGACCACACCUCUGCCGACUCACAGUCGGGUAAUUCACGCAAGGUUCCUGAGCUGCCAAUUGCGAUCUCUAUGAUCGCUGGCAGGUACAUGCUAUUCGACAUUGAGGCUGGCAUCUACUUACGACGAGAGCACAACAUCUGUGGCUAUAAUGUAGGCACGCUUGCCCAGAUGCCUUCGCAGAAUGGUUUCCUCGGACUGCCGAUACUUUUAAUGCCAGAGGAGGCUCAAGUGCUUGUCGACAAGGGCGUUGGCUGCAUUGUUGAUGACAAAGCCGCGCACAGAUCCGCCCUCGACCAUCGGGACGAAGCUCGGGUAGCUGAGUACCGCGCCGAGGUCGUUCGUCACGCGACCAAGCUCCAAGCGGUAAAAGAACAGUAUCGGGCUGAGACGAAGAAGCGACAUCAAGUCCAGAGAAAUGCCCAGCGAAGCGGAACAGAUUCAAAUUUAGGGUCCGAGACUGACCUGAUGUUUUUCGAUGACGAUGACACAGUGGCGGAAGACUCGGCAAGCAAGAUGACUCAAAAGAAUCCAGUUCAAUUUUCGGAACAAUCAGACCGCAUUACGCCAACAACGUCCGGUCCUCUACUCGAUCAUGCGUCACACAUAGCUGGCAGCUCUGGAAGGCCAAUUGAAAAUCUGCCACCAAAUUACCCGCUCUUCCGACAUCUUCACAACAAGAAGUACUUCAUGACACCUGGUCUUCGAUUUGGCUGCCAGUACACUACGUACCCUGGUGAUCCGCUGCGGUUCCAUUCGCACUUCCUCACGACGGAUCUCGGGUGGGAGAAAGGCAUGGAUCUCAUGGAGCUUGUUGGAGGAGGCAGACUCGGCACAGGGGUGAAGAAAGGCUUCCUUAUUGGUUCGCAUGCAACAUCGCAGGACACCCAUACUGAGGCAUUGACCGAUGAAGCCAAGAUUCGGACCUUUAGCAUUGAGUGGGCGGUCAUGUGA